AUGCUUGUGGAUGAGGAAAUCAACGAAGAGGUUGACAAAAUUGUUCCGGGAACUUUUGAGGUCGCGGAAUCUGAAGAUGACGAGGAGGCCGAGAAAAGUUGGAUGGAUUUUGUUGGUGUAGCGAUUGGUCAGAUUGAUUCGGAGCUAGCGGUAGACGAUCCAGCCAACGAUAGCCCUCUUUUUCGUCGUGAAGAAGAAAAGAUAAGAAAAGUGACACCGGAGGACUCUGAAUGGUUUCCGUUUCUGAAUAAAGAAUACCUGAUUGGUUCACUUCUGGUCAGAUACUUGCACAAACUCAUUUCGCGUGACUUGUACCAUCAAAUACGAGUCAUCUUUAUGCUGAACCAAAUCAAGCUUCCCCGCUGGGAAGCCUUGCGAUUAAUGCGAGCACAGAUCCGUACACUGGUUAAUCAGACAAUCGUUGAACAAGAAACAGUCUUUGGUCAGCCUGUUUUUGGAUUGAAGGCCAGCAAUGUGAUUAAGCAUGAUCUAAUGAACCCUUUGGUUGCGCCGCAUAUGGAUUUUUUCCCGGAGGAUGCGCACGGCAAAAAUAUCUACAAGCUUUCACAGUCAACAAAAUGGCUGAAACACCUAGCUAGUGACCUUCGAGUCCAAAUGAUCAAACAAGGAAAAUUCUACCAUUGA